GAAUGCACCGUGCCAGUGCUCAGUUGUGUUUCCUGUUUACCGUUGGAACGCUUUUGUUUGGUUGUUUUUCUUUUAUUGCCGAGGUUUCACGUAACUAGAUUUAUGUUAUGGAUUUCUUUAUACCACGGUUGAUCAGAAAAGGCGAGUUCAUUAAUAAAUAAGCCUGAGGUAAACACGCGAAAAUCCGCGAUCGGCUGAUGAGGAAAUACCCGGGGCGCGCGCGAACAUCCGCUUUCAUUUUACAGUUCGACAUGUUCUCGCCUUCCGACCGAUUUGACAGCUUACACACGGACUGCUGAUCGAUUCUUCAGGACGGUGUCGAGAUAUCAGAGCGAUUCUUCUGAGCGGUGUCUGAAUGUCGGAGUGGAUCUUCAGAAGGUUCUCUGAACGAUUCCUCCGGAUGCUCUCCGAAUAUCAGAAUGAUUCUUCUGAACGCUUUUAAAUGUCAGAAUGAUUCUUCGGAAUGUUCUUGAUUAGCUGAGGUGUAAAUUAAGCCUGGACUAGCCGCAGCUCCCCAGUGAGAAAACGACAGAAGGGCCGUGAAGAUCAGCCCUGAUGGAAGAGACCGAAACAGAGCUGACCUGCUCCGAGCAGGACGUUUUGGGAGCAGACUUCAUCACGGUCGAACUUGACACGCAGCCCAUCGAAUAUGUGGUCAAGUGGGCCGACGUGGGCUCGAAAUUCACUAUAACCUGCGUGAAAAAGGAUUUGGACGAGACCUCUGAUCAGAUGGUCAAAGUGGAACCGGACGAGACGUUCUAUGUCCCGUACGACUCAGUUUUCCCAGAAUGUGACGAAGCGGCUCUAGAUUUGAUCGCGACGCAUGAGGAGGAGGUGGGCAGCGAGUCCGACUUCAACGACAACACAGAAGCAGGGAAUAGCCAGUUGUGCGAAGAGGAGGACGUUUCUGAUAUUAGCUGGGAACAGGAGGUGUCUCAUGCUCGAGAGUAUAACUGCCGCUUCUGUGGCAAGAGCUACAGCCACUCCUCCAGUCUCGCUCGGCAUCUGCACGUACAUUCGGACGGAUCGUCCCUCUCGUCCUCCAAAGGUUUCAGCAAGUUGUGCGACGGCAAAAAGUCUCUCCAGUGCAAUCUCUGCGGGGUGCAGUGCAACGGCAAGCGGCUUUUGGCCAUACAUAAGAAAUGCCACAAAACCAAGAGACUGCACACGUGCAACACAUGCGGCAAAACGUUCAAUCACAGCUCGAGUCUGUCGCGGCAUCGCUUGAUCCAUAAAAAAGGCUUGGAUGAAAACAUCAUAUCGUUGUACCCGACUCCAACCUCGGCUCCCAUUGUAACCCAGCACAGUUUCCCAUCUGGCCACGGCACGAGUAAAAGAGCGGUCUCCUCAGGCGAGCGAGAAAAGCAGUACCAGUGCGCGCAGUGCGACAGGGUCUUCAGUCACUCCGCGGGACUCUCCAAACAUCAGGUGGCGCACGUGCGACGGCUGCUCACCUCGUACACGCACGGCAAAGACUCGCUCGAAGAGUCCUCGGACCUCAAGAUCCGCCUGAAGCUCUGCUCCCGCGACAAGCCCAACUACUACACCCUGUGCAAGAAGAACAAGCACGGUAAAGGGGGCAAGAAGAAGUUGUGCCCGCCGAACGAUGAGCCGCCGUACCCCUGCUUCCCUCACACCACCAGCCUCUCAGAUCACGAGCACGCCGGAGACAAGAGCUACACCUGCAGCGUCUGCAAGAAGUCCUUCAUUCGGCUCUCCAACCUCAAGCAGCACCAGCAAACGCACGCUUCGGGGAAACUCUACCAAUGCCCACAGUGCGGGAAAACUUUUGUUCACUCCUCCAGUUUCUCACGCCAUAAGAAGGUCCACACGAUGGUAAAAGUGUCCCCGAAACAGGAAGACAUUAAGUGCGAAGAGGAACUGGUCAUCGAUGAGGGGGCCCCGCUGGAAUAUGAGUCCGAGUGAGAAAGACCGAGACUCUGGAAAAAAGUUUUUUUUAUACUUAUUUUACGAAAUCGUAAUAUGGGUGUGGUAAACCUGGCCAUGUGGUUUCUAUCUAAUAUUCUUGUAAUUAUUAUAGCCCUUUUCGGUCACCUUUAGGGGAUUUCGUAUCCACCUUAUAAAUAUAAAAAAAUAUUGUUAAAUUUUUUUUUUUUUUUUUGACAUUCCUUUUUGUUUUGUUCAUUCAGUUUAUUGGCAGAGUAAUUAAUUGCAAGCCAAAUUGUGUUAUUUAUGUUCCUUAAUUUUUAAGGUGUCCACAAGAAAAACAAAAGAGAAAUGUAGGUGUUAUUUAUUUUUCUUUCUUUUUGCACUGAAUCUGUGAAUUGGAAAUAUAGUACUUAUUAAGAGGUGUGGGUUGUAGUAGAGGGAGGUCGGGGGGGUCAGAUUGGAUUCAAGUUUGUUAGUAGGACCCAGAGCUUUGUAUGCAGGAAGUCAAUUUAUAUGCAAUUUACUUGAACAUUGUUCCAUUAAGUGUGCGGUUUGAAUCAAUUAUUUGAAUGAAAUUAUAUUUAGUGACCCAAUUUCCUAGACCAAGAAAUUCAAGGCUUUUCUCACCCGGAGUCUGGAGACAUAAACACAGGUUGCUAUAUAAACAUAAAAAAAUAAAUAAAUCCAGGUAUGAUCUGCUGGACGAGUGCAAAUGCAUAAACUGUACUCCGGACUGACAAGUGUUUUGGGGUGUUUCAGUUGUUCUGGAUUGAACUAGUUUCCUCAUGUUGUCUUUGGUACUUAUUUCAUCUUUGAUGUUCUUUUGUCAAAAUAUGAAAUCCACUGUGUCCAUGGAGGGUAUUUAUGAUAAUAAAUCAAUGCUUAUUAGACAUGGACAUGUACAGAUGCACUUAAAAUAUUGUUCAUAUAAAUUUGUGUGUGUGUGUGUGCACUUGAGUGAAUAUGAGAAAAGAAUAUACCCGCAAAAUGUGUGCUUUUUACUUCUGCUGUAUAUGUGUACAAAGUUGCGGUUGCAAAAAGAAGUUCUAUCGGAUUUAUUUUUCUGUAUCUUCAUAAGUUAUGGAAAUAGCCACGGGAUUUCAUAUUUUAACAAGCCUUGCACUAUUGUAUUUUUAGACAUGCACUACAUCUUUAGGAAAUUGGAAUGCGACCGGAUGUCCCGGUCAAAACCGGAAAUAUCUUCCACGCAUUUUGAAAAAUCGAUCAAGUGCCGUCAGCGACUUUGUGUAAGACCAAAGCUCUUGAAUGCAGCGCUGAAGACCUGCAGUUCAGCUCACCAGAGGUGUGUGUCCAGCCUCAUGUUCGAGCUUCACACGCGUCUGGACUCUUGCUCACCAUUUGCUCUCUGAAUGGAAAUUGAAUAGCAAUUCCUAACCUUAUUUAUGGUGUUUGAAAACGUGUCGGGAUGCUCAAGCACUGAUACACGCAGAAUGAUGAUAUUAAAAAUGAAAAAAGCUCUUGAUAGUCUAUAGUUUUGUUUGGAGUUGUUGGUUGUUUUUAAAUAUUCAUUUUCUUAAAGCAUAAGUCGUAUCCCCAAGGCUUAUGGAUCUUUUAUUGUCAUUGUUUUUAUUUUUAUCACUCUCCUGUACACACACACUUCAUAUUUUGAUUUUGAUUUGAAUUUUUCGAAAAAUAAAUAAUUGUUCUUUUUCAAUUGCUGUAGCUAUUUCAUCUCAAUGCAGGAGACCUACAUGUUUUUGUAUUGUGUUUGCCCGUAGAUAACAGUUUAAGAGUUCUGUCUUGAAUUUUUUGUAAUAAAUAAUUGGUUCAUGAA